GUGCCGCCUCAUGGCCAGCAUCUACCCGGGCGUGCAGUUCAUCCUGGUCAAGGCCGACGGCACCAGCUUCCCCAACGGCGACGCCUGGAAGUGCAUCACCUGCGGCGUUCCCGAGGCCAACCGCGCCGGCGUGACGGGCGACCUCGCCUCGUACCCCCAGGCCUUCUACGACGGGACCCGGGCCCUUUCCGGCAUCAACAUCAUCGACUGUGGCGGCGCCGAGCUCGCAAGCGAGGCCUGCACGCCCAACGGCACGCACAUCUACCCGCUCUUCCUGGACGACGGGGGCAACGUGCUCACCGGGUCCGAGAAGGUGACCUACACGGCCCUGAACCUGACAAACGGCCACUGGGACUGGUUCUCGAACCUAACCUCCACCGGGCCCCUUCACGGCGGGACCAAGAUCACGAGCGACGGCGGCUUCCACUUCGAGGUGGACGCGCUGUACAACUUCUUCACCGCCAACGGGACUCUCGUCACCAAGGUCGACGGCUUCGGGCCCUGGGUCCAGCCUUGCAAUGAUUGCUAG